AGGGAGAAAUUUAUUGGAGUUGGGGUGGAGGUUUCCUUUACGUUUCCUUGUGUUUGGGUUAGACACGUAAGCCCUGGCCUAAAUGUCAGCUCCCGUUGACUCGUACCCGGCUGCAGAUUCUGGGUGUGUCAAUUCCAACAGUUGUGCUGGGUGCUGAUUUACUAGAUGGAAUUCCGACUGCAUCUGCAGGUAGCAUGGGCAGGAAGCCAAGACAGCUAUAAACAUUUGUGAAGGGAGCUAAAAUGGCGGAAUGCUUCCUGCCUCCGAGUAGCAGCCCUAGUGAGCAGCGCAGGUCUGAGCAUGGGGGAGGACUUGCACGUACCCCAAGCUCAGAGGAGAUUAGCCCCACCAAAUUUCCUGGACUGUAUCGGACUGGUGAGCCGUCCCCUCCUCACGAUGGUCUUCAUGAACCUCCUGAUAUCGCAUCUGACGAUGAGAAGGAUCAUGUCAAAAAGAAAGGAAAAUUUAAGAAGAAAGAGAAAAGAACUGAAGGCUAUGCUGCAUUCCAGGAGGACAGCUCUGGAGAUGAGGCAGAAAGUCCUUCCAAGAUGAAGAGGUCCAAAGGCAUCCAUGUCUUCAAAAAGCCUAGCUUUUCUAAAAAGAAGGAGAAAGAUUUCAAAAUUAAAGAAAAACCCAAAGAAGAAAAGCACAAGGAAGAAAAACACAAGGAGGAGAAGCACAAGGAAAAGAAGUCUAAAGAUCUGACUGCGGCUGAUGUGGUCAAACAGUGGAAGGAGAAGAAGAAGAAAAAAAAGCCGACCCCCGAACCUGAAGUGGCACAGGCUGAGGUUCAGUGCACAAAGCCUAUAUUUGGGGUGCCUCUGAGCGAAGCUGUGGCAAGGACUAUGAUGUGUGAUGGUAUUCGGCUACCAGCUGUGUUUCGGGAGUGUAUUGAUUACAUAGAGCGUCAUGGCAUGAAAUGCGAAGGGAUUUACAGAGUAUCAGGAAUCAAAUCCAAGGUGGAUGAGUUGAAAGCUGCAUAUGACCGUGAAGAGUCACCAAACCUAGAAGAUUAUGACCCCAACACUGUGGCAAGCCUUUUAAAACAGUAUCUCCGUGAACUACCAGAGAAUGUGCUUACGAAGGAGUUAAUGCCUCGUUUUGAGGAUGCCUGUGGAAAGAUCAUGGACACUAAUGAGAAGGUUCUGGAGUUCCAGCGCCUACUGAAGGAAUUGCCCUUGCACAAUUACCUCCUUGUUUCUUGGCUCAUUGUGCACAUGGACCACAUCAUUGCAAAAGAAAUUGACACCAAAAUGAACAUCCAGAACAUCUCAAUUGUCCUAAGCCCUACUGUACAGAUCAGCAAUCGUGUCCUGUAUAUCUUUUUUACAAAUGUUCAAGAGCUUUUCGGAAAUGUAAAGAUCAAGCCAGAAGUAAAACCUCUUCGUUGGUCAAAUAUGGCGACCAUGCCAGCAUUGCCAGAGACACAGGAGAGUAUUAAGGAGGAAAUUCGGAGACAGGAAUUCCUCUUAAACUGUUUACAUAGAGACUUGCAAGGAGGCAUAAAGGACCUAUCUAAAGAAGAAAGACUGUGGGAAGUGCAAAGAAUUCUGACAGCUCUAAAACGUAAACUGAGAGAAGCUAAACGCCAGGCAUGUGAAACCAAAAUUGCUCAGGAGAUCGCCAGUCUUUCAAAAGAAGACGUGUCCAAGGAGGAAAUGAAUGAAAAUGAAGAGGAAGUCCUAAAUAUUCUUUUAUCGCAGGAGAAUGAGAUUCUCACUGAACAGGAGGAGCUUCUGGCAAUGGAGCAGUUUUUGCGGCGGCAGAUUGCAGCUGAGAAAGAAGAAGUUGAACGUCUUAGGGCUGAAAUUGCAGAAAUUCAAAGUCGUCAACAACAGCAUGGCCGAAGUGAAACUGAAGAAUAUUCAUCUGAUAGUGAAAGCGAAAGUGAGGAUGAAGAAGAACUGCAGUUGAUCUUAGAAGAUUUACAAAGACAGAAUGAAGAGUUAGAGAUAAAGAACAACCACCUAAAUCAAGCGAUUCAUGAGGAACGGGAGGCUAUUAUAGAGCUGCGAGUACAACUGCGUCUGCUACAGAUGCAGAGAAAACAAGAGCAUCAGGUUCAUGAGGAUGGAGAAGAAUUAGAGAAGUGCCCUGUUGUACCUCAGCCACAGAGAGAUACCGAGACCAAACCCAUGAAGGAACAGCCAAAGGCAGCCAGGGAUCCAGUAAAGCCAUCUCCAAAUAAAGAUCGAAGAGACACACCAGUUUGAGUUUUUGUGGGCAAAUGGAAUAGGUUUUCUUCUAAAACAGCUACACUUGACACAUUUUCUUUGUAGGACUUGGCUUUUAAGACUUUGACUUACCUUGAAUGGUUUGAACUUUUGGGUUACAGGAGAUGUGCACAGGAUGGUCUUGGUAGCACCCCACUCUUCCCAACAGAAAGCAACUUCGCUGCUUUCUGUAUCUUGUAAGCAGCAGUGUAUGCCACCCCACCCAGUCCACAAGUUCUGCAUUUUAUGUUUACAUUGCAUGUUUUUGGGAGACAGUGAAUUAUAAAAAUGUAGCUUUGUGAACUGAAGGAUUAUUCAUGCUUGGAUUCAUAAAAGUCCUACAAACACAAGUUUUUAGUCACUAGAUGAGGCUGUUUUUGGCACAGUACCCUUGUCUUUUUCCCUAAUCUGGCACUCCACUAAACUUCCUGCACUUCUCUGUUCUUGGAAUUACCUUUAACAGGUGGCUACUAAUAAUUGCACAUUUGGCAAAUAGCUCACUUUUGUAAAACUGCAGACAUAAUGUUUGUUGAGGAGUGUUAUUCUUAAAUGCAGCUUUUGGGUCAUUUUCAUUUUAUUUUAAUCUGAAGACAAAAAAAAUAAACUUCCUAUGCAUUUUUGUAA